GUGACUGACUCCAGAGCCAAUCAGAACACACCAUCUGUAAACAUGGCGUCAGACUUCAGGUGGAGAUGUGUAGUGCUCCUUCUCUGCACAUAUUUGUUUUGUAUUUUGGCGGCUGACAGUGACGGUAAGCCCAAGAAAAAGAAGGAUAUCCGAGACUACAAUGAUGCAGAUAUGGCACGGCUACUGGAACAAUGGGAGAAGGAUGAUGACAUUGAGGAAGGUGACCUCCCAGAGCACAAGAGGGCUCCUCCUCCCAUCGAUUUUUCCAAGGUGGACCCCUCCAAGCCAGAGGAGCUGCUCAAGAUGUCCAAGAAGGGCAGGACUCUGAUGGUUUUUGCUACAGUGUCAGGGGAUCCCACUGAGAAAGAGACAGAGGAGAUCACAGGCCUGUGGCAGGGCAGCCUCUUCAACGCCAACUUUGACAUUCAGAGGUUCGUGGUGGGCUCCAACAGGGUGAUCUUCAUGCUGCGGGACGGCAGUUUGGCCUGGGAGGUCAAAGACUUCCUCGUGGCCCAGGAACGCUGCGCAGACGUCACUGUGGAGGGACAGGUGUUCCCCGGGAAUGCUGCCAAGAAGAACGGUGCCAAAUACAAGCAGCAGAAUGCAGUCAACAGCAAGAAGAAGAGCAAGAAGAAGACGGAGAGCAAGAAGCCCGACUUGGAGGGGAACAGUGCCAGCCAUCUGAAACAGGAGCUGUGACGGAAUAAUGCAGAGGGAGAGGAGAGUCCACAGGGCCCUUUCCUUCUGGCCUUAGACAUGCUUAUUCUCACAACCAAUCUGUGAGCAAUAAACUUGUAAGAGGCUACAUGACCACGUGGAGAUGCAGUGGUCCAGUCAGUGGUAUGAGUGAACUAAUAAAUCCUGUUGGGUACAUUAACCUUGACUGCAGAGUUGGUACAUAAAUCAGAGAUUUAUUGUCUAACCCUAACCCUCUCCCUCAUUGGAACAGUGACAAGUACAUUCUUAAAAUCAUCAUUCUUUGUCAGAGUGGUAACAAGCUCUUUAAAAUCAGUUGUAAUGUCAGCGCUGUCUGGUUUCUUUAGUUAUUUUCUGUUCAAUUAUCACCAAAUGAAAACCAAUAAAUGCACGUUUUUUGCAGCACUCAGGGUAAGCAUUAUCAACCUUUUUAAUUUGUUUGCUUUGCCAAGAGCCGUGUCAGGUACAGGUGUUUUUUUCUGGGACAGACAUGGAGUCAUUCAUCAGGUCCUGGUCUGUGUUAGACUUUGUUCAAUCCAGCAGCACGUCAAGAUUUGAUAGAAAAGUAGCACCCACAUUUUCUCUUUGAUUUUUCACUGAAUAUGAAAAUAAAUUUUUUUUUUAUAUAAUUGUA